CCAGUACAAGUGUCUCUUCCUAUCACAAUUAACCUUGUGUCCCUCACUAGACGUUGGUUAGCAAUAAGCCAUGGUCUCUACUUCGUCUCUAUCAACCGUGUUGCUCUUGUGCCUGGCCAUGACGGCGUCGGCGCAGCUGUCGCCGACGUUCUACCAAACGACGUGCCCGAACGCUCUGGCCACCAUCAAGGCCGCCGUGACGGCCGCCGUGAACAAGGAGAACCGCAUGGGCGCGUCACUGCUCCGGCUGCACUUCCACGACUGCUUCGUCCAAGGUUGUGACGCGUCUGUUCUGCUAUCUGGCAUGGAACAAAACGCUAUCCCGAACGUGAUGUCGCUGCGAGGCUUCGAAGUCAUCGACAGCAUCAAGGCGCAGCUGGAGACCAUGUGCAAGCAGACCGUCUCCUGCGCCGACAUCCUCACCGUCGCCGCCCCAGACUCCGUCGUCGCCCUGGGAGGGCCUUCGUGGACAGUUCCUCUGGGAAGGAGGGACUCCACCAACGCAAACGAAGCGGCGGCGAACAACGAGCUACCUCCCCCAUUCUUCGACCUCGUUAACCUCACCCAGUCCUUCGGUGACAAGGGCUUCACCGUGACCGACAUGGUCGCCCUCUCCGGCGCCCACACUAUUGGGCAGGCGCAGUGCCAGAACUUCAGGGACAGACUCUACAACGAGACCAACAUCAACUCCGGCUUCGCGACGUCGCUCAAAGCCAACUGCCCCCAGCCGACCGGCUCCGGCGACCGCAACCUGGCCAAUCUGGACGUGUCGACCCCAUACUCCUUUGACAACGCUUACUACAGCAACCUCAAGUCCCAGAAGGGGCUCCUGCACUCCGACCAGGUCCUAUUCACGGGCACCGGCGGCGGCACCGACAACAUCGUCAACAACUUCGCAAGCACCCCAGCGGCGUUCAGCAGCGCCUUCGCCUCGGCCAUGGUGAAGAUGGGGAACCUUAGCCCGUUGAGCGGCUCGCAGGGCCAGGUCAGGCUCAGCUGCUCCAAGGUGAAUUAAAUGGCAAAAAAUGAUCAUAUAUGCGGGAUUAAUAAGGCUAGCAACGGCUGUUAUAGCGCUUUCUUUGACCAUAAGCUUCUGAAAACAGAAGACGUGUCAUAUACGUAUGUCAAUGGCCCCGUGCAAAGGCAUCAUGAAGGCCAUGUGGUGCAAUAGGAACUAUAAACGGGCAACUUCCCUUUUUGUGAUAUAUGACAGACUUCUACGAUAUGAAUUAUUGCCGCUUCAUCCUUUGUUUUUUGAAAGCCUAGUAAUACUCACUACAUUGUGAAAAGGAGGGAGUAUGGCUUUGGUCAAAUUUGUAGUCAAAGUAUUAUCCAAAAUAUAAGAGGGCCCUUUAAACUUCUUGGCUUGCUCCAGGCAGCCAAGAAGGUCGAGGAAGUCCGUGCCACUCCUCCAGCUCCACUUCUGUGUUCAAGCACUGAAACACUAGCAUCUGUGUUUAUAAAGGGUAGUAUGGACCUUUGCAUAUCGUACACAGUUUUAUACGUAUGUAUGGUGAAUCACCCGAUGGGUAUAUACUGCCGCAUGUUAGCCUACGCGCCAAUA